AUGCGUGAGCCAUUCAAGGUUUUCCUGAGUCGUGUGCACUGCAUUCGCCGUCACGUUCGAUUUGUCCGAUUUGUAUCACUAUCGCCUGCUAUGGUGAGUCGCAACAUCCGCUUGCAUCUGGACAAACCCCGUGAGAGCUCAGUGUCUUCUUCAUCAAGUACCGACUCGGUUGCGAGCUCCUGGAGCGAUGGCGAACCGCCAGCACCCCCAUUUCCGCUCGCAAUCGCUCUUCGAGAUGUGAUGGCCGACGCUGAAGCUCUCCACGACCGAGUGGACUUUGCCACCUACAUCGACAUCGCAGAGUCGCCUCGACUGCCACUCUGCCGAGAUGGCCGAGAGCAAUGGAAACGCCUUGAACGAUCCUCAACGUUCACUCUGCUCAAGCGCGAGGACGAAGUGUUGGCUCUCGCUCGCUUGGAUGCAAGCGUCGAGGAAGUGGCCAAGAUCUUGGGAGGCACCACAGACCCGAUGCAUGCUGCAGCAAUGAAAGCGCUAUAUGGUGACUCGUUCAUCGCCGGCUCCGUGGCAUAUAUCCAGCGACCUCGGCCGUACGAAGAAGACCAGGUGUAUCAGCAGCUAGCAGUAAAGUCAUCCAACUUUGUGCACUCCGACAUGCUCGGUAACAACGAACAAUGGUGCUUUGCCGAGAUCUUACGUUGCAAAUCCGAUGGAGAUAGCUUCACGUUGACUCAAGGUUCCCUAUCUUCUCAGCAAGCACACUCGUUGCCUGCACGAUCUGCACUAAAAGACAGUUCACGGCGUGUAGCACAGCUUCGUGACGUGACGGCGGCUUAUCUGGUGGAACGGAUGCCAGGUAGUCAUGGACUUCGAGUCGUUUUCCAUGCAAUUCACAGGCCUAAUGCGACAACAGAACACGAAAACGAAGACAGAGUUCUAACCCGCAGAGUUGUUCGAGCCCGGUUGCUUCGUCUCGGACGUGGCAUCUCUCAGCUCUCCCAACUUGCUCGUCGUCGUCGCUUUGGCAUGCAAGUGUACGCCGACCGCUCGGCGUUCGAUGAGCGCAAUCCUCGCUGUAUCUGCUGUACACGAAAGUUCACGAUACUUUUCCCGCGAACAAGGUGCUACCUGUGUGGCUACUACAUUUGCGUAACGUGCUCGUCAUCUGAGAAGAUGGAAACGCACAACGGCCGCUUAGUCUCGAUCAUCGUUUGCAGCCGAUGCAGGAACAGCGUCACGGCUUGUGACUACGACCACAUGAUGACGGUGAUUCCUGGUCCAGAGCGAGUACUACCGGACAGUCAGAGUUGCCUCCUUUCUCCUACGUCGUCUACCACGUCUGACUCGUCGAGCUACUCGUUUGCAAGUUCGGAUUCUUCGUCCAGCCUAAUGCUGGCAGAUCUUUUGGAUCAAGUCGCAGAUGACGACGAAGACUCUGGACGUCGGCAAGCAGCGUUUACAGUGCUUAACCAAUUGAUCGCUGCCGAUCAAACAGAGACCCAAAAUCAGGUGGACAAGAAUGCAACUCUCCUACGCAAAGCGAGCACGUCUCCGCGUUCUCUGAUGAUGGCGAAGCAAGCGAUGGAUGUGUCCGAGUGUCCAGCGGAUCUGGACGCUUGUAAAUUCGCAAGCGCCGAGUCUCGUCCGUACCCCAUGAUAGCGGCCGUGAUCAAGAACGAAGAAGAAGAAGAAUCGAAGGAAGAAGAUCCCGUUAACUAUCCCAUUCCCUCGAACGAGGAAGCUCGCAUGGCUUCCAUCGAACAUUUCCGUCUCCACGAUGUCAUCAACGUCCCAGAACUAAACGUGAUCUGUACACUCGCAGCAGCCGAGAUGAACUGCCCGCACAGUGUGCUCACGCUUGUGGAGCGUGACGUGGUGACUCUAAUGGCAACAAAUGACCCGGAAAACUGGGAUCUCGGUAGUGGCAACCCGCGCGAGCAAACGUUCUGCCAGCAUUUCGUCAUGGACGACAAGCCAUUGCUGCGGGACGUUGUGACGCUGCUGGCGACCAACGCGCCGGAAUACUGGGACGUAGGUACUGGCAACCCCCGAGAGCAAACGUUCUGUCAGCAUUUUGUCAUGGACGACAAACCACUGCUCGUACGUCACGCUGAGGCGGAUAUGAGGUUUUACCACAUCGCGCCCGUGACGAUGCGGAGUCUGCGAUUUUACGCUGGUUUCCCUGUAUCGGUCCCGAGUGUCUUGAAAACUACAGGGCAAUCGGAGAAGGUGGUUGUAGGCGCAUUGUGCUGCCUUGAUGAUAAGCCCCACGAGAUGACGAGAUCGCAGUAUUGGCGACUGAUGAAACUCGCAGAUGCAGCGUCAAGUAUCCUGGAGAAGACUGCCAACGAGUACAUCGCCGAUCCCGAGAAUCAUCCACUGGGGCAACAGCGGGCUGCUGUUCAAACUAUCACCAAGGCUAAUGGACCAACAAUGGUGACCUGCUAA